ACAUUCUAAAUUCAAGCGCGCUCGCGAUAUUAACCGCCCUCACAAUGUCCCGUUUUGAUUCAACGACGCGUACCUGGCACGGUCCGACACAGCCACCGGUUCUCAAUCCGGCGGCCAGCAUCGGACAAGUGAUUGUGAACAUCCUUGAACGUACCCCGGAAAAGCUGAUUCAGAUCGAUGCCGAUACCGGCGAAGAGUACACCUGCGACAAAGUUCGGCUUCAAAUGAUCCGGGCAGCGCUGAACCUCACCCAAGUGUUCAAAAUCUCGAAGGCCGACAUGAUCUGCAUGGUGCUGGACAAUCGGUCCUGUGUGAUGCCUCUUCUGUUCGGAUGCUUCCUCAUCGGAGCUCCUGUGCACACGCUAGACGCCUCAUUCCAGGAGGCAGAUCUAAUCCACCUGAUGAGCAUUACCAAACCGAAGCUCGUUUUUUGCACCGAGCACAACCAGUCCACGGUCCGGAAUGCAAUCAAACUGGCUCAAUUUGAGGCGGAAGUGGUGGUCCUUGACGGUUCGGAGAAACAAAAGCGUAUCUUCGCGCAACAUGACGCCGAGAAGCUCUACCGUCCGCCAUACCUAGGCGAUUCCAACCAAACGACAGCCGUCGUGGUGUGUUCUUCUGGAACAACCGGUUUACCAAAAGCCGUGUGCGUAUCUCACGCUCAGCUUAUCGCCCCGUACUCCAUGAUCAGCCACAUGGAACCCAGCACGGUGCUUUGCUUCAGUUCCCUGUACUGGAUCUCCGCCUUCCAGAUGCUGCUGUUGACCGUGUUCAACGGGUUCAAGCGGGUCAUAACGACGCGACCCUUUUCGCCGGCAUACGCCUGCGAGCUGGUCAAGAAAUACGAAGUCAGCAAUGCGUUCGUUCCGCCGCCGAUGCUGGCGGAGAUUGUCGAGUACUGCGAGAUACGCCAGCUGAAGCUGCCCACGUUGAGAAUGGUUGGCUGCGGGGGAAGUUCAUUGCCGGACUCGCUGAAGAAGCGAGCCAAUGCGCUGAGCCCGAUCGGACGGGUGUUCGUGGGUUACGCACUGAGUGAAACCGGAGGAAUCAUGUCGCUGGAUCUGCUGGAGAAGCCGAACUCGGUUGGAAUUCUGAUGCCCAACGUCAGUAUGAGGAUCGCCGCCGACGACGGCACCCUACUCGGACCGGACGAGGAAGGUGAAAUCCUUAUCCGCUACAUUCAUCCAUUCAUCGGCUACUACGGUAAUCCGGAGGCAACGCAGGACAUCCUAACAGCCGACGGUUUCAUCAAAACCGGUGACAUUGGCUACUUUGACAAAACCGGAUUCCUGUUCAUCACCGAGCGCAAGAAGGAAAUGAUCCGCUACCGGGGCUACCAGAUUGCUCCGGCCCAAUUGGAAGCGCUUCUGAUGGAGCUGCCCGGUAUAGUACAGGCCGUUGUGGUGGCCACCCCCGACGAGAAGCCACCGCACGAUGACUUACCGAUGGCGCUGGUGGUGAGGAGUCGCGACGGGAAGCAGGUUAGCAAGCUGGAAAUAUUGGACUAUGUGCACGGAAAGGUUCCCGACUACAAGCGGCUGCGGGGUGGCCUGUUUUUCGUGGACUCAUUACCCACGACCGCCAACGGGAAAAUCAAUCGGAUGAAGGCGAAGAAGAUAGUGCCGGUCUAGGGCUUUCACAAUCGUUACAAUGCCAUAUCUAUCGGUGACACCUUCGGCUUUUCAUUUUCCUUUAUUUUUGCUUGUUUUCCUCCUGUCAUGUGUUUUACAUAAAACAAGUUUGUGUAUUUUUUCAGUGUUUUUUUUUUCAACAAAAUUAUUUAAUAAUUUGUUUCUCUACUAUUACCUACGAGUCUGUCUGUUUAUUUUUGUUCCAUCAUUACCUUCCGGAGAAAAAUAACAAAUAUUGCGGAGACAAUUUUCUAAUCAAUUAUUCGUUCAAAGAGAGAUUAGCGCAAAUAUGUUUGUGCAGAAAAUUAUUAUCUAACUCCACGACAUAGUAUCUGCUAAUAAACAAAAAUAAAAAUAUACAAAUAAAUAAUAAUUUAUUUUUUAAUUCGUUUAAAAAAAAAUAAAUAAAAUUAAAACUUUUUCUGUGUAAAUAAGUGUUGUUAAUCGCUAUCAAUGGCGCAAAAAAAAUCAAAUCAGAUACGCUUUUACCCCACACUUAAUCUAUGAUAACGAACCGCCUAAACUAAAAGUAUCUAUCAAUCGCCGCUCUGGUAGAGGGUGAAAGCAUCAUUUCACACAGUAACCGUUCUAUCUACAACGCUACAACAAGCUAAAAAGUAAUAGGAAAUAUUUCUCGCUCUCUCUUGCUCACACGCUUCUUGUCCCGCUUUUCAACCAAUCGAAUCCAGUCGAAAACAUGUGGAAGAUUUUGUUCAGUGUGGGUUGUGUUGUUUCUAGGACCAUGUUAGUUGGAGUGGUGUUUUUUAAUUAUUAUCGACUGUUUGUAUGAUUUUACCCCACUUUCACGUAUGUCAUUAAUGUUCAUAAUUGUAAUAAAACUGUCCUACUUAACUGUCUUAGAAUAAUUAUUACACUUACUUGCUAGUAAUUUGAAUAUUAUUCAUAAUAAUACCAUCUUUUUUAUCGUUCGUCCGCACGUUGAAACAAACGUUUCGCUACACAAUUUGCUUAAGUUUCAUUUGUUUCUCUUUCUUCAUUUUGUCUACAGUAAAUUCUAACUAGUUAAUGUAAAUUUUUAAGUUUCUCUGUUUCAUAUUAGUUUGUACACUUUGUGACUAACAUCCGCAGUUAUACGACAUUCAAAAAUAACGUAAAAAUACUAAUCAGUGCAGAACUAUUUUCAUCCAAUUCGUUAAAGUGCGAAAAUUAUUCAAUUUUUUAAAGAAUUUUUUUUAUUAAUUUUAAAACGUUCUAAAACUUAUUGUGUUCCAAAAUUUAUGUCAUUUGUGAUUCAUGGGAAACUACAAAAUAAUUUCUUCCUUUCACCAAAUCUUUAUGUGCUUCCACGAACAUUUCUAUUAAAAUAAUCAAUCAUGGAAUGAUCAUACAGAUCUCCCUGCUAAUGCGGGUCUGUUUUUUCUUAGAGAAAUUGUGGCUGGAUUUCAACAUUCUAUUAACCGUUAAAAAAUCUGCCCAACUACAAUUGUUCGCGAUAAAAUUUAAAAUGUAAACCAGGAGUAUUUUUUUUUUUCAAUUUCAUGUGCAUUAGAUGACGUAGUGCGAUAACAUUUUAGGCCUUGAACAUUCGUUGCCAUUUACAAAAUUAAAUUUAAAUAAUAAAAAGGAUUUCGAGAUGAACAGUUAUUCUCUCAUCACUAUUCCGAAUAAUUUUCGGUGGAUAUCGUUGGAGUAAUAAUUUCCUCACGUAAGAAUAUUCGCAAACACACCUGGCAACACCCGAGCGGCGUCACUUGCUCACAGAUAGACCACGUGCUGAUCGAAAGACGGUAUUCGUCGGACGUUAUAGAUGUAAGAUACUUCCCCUGGGGGCAGCAGGGACUAUGUCCAAGGGCUUGACGAUCCCUCCCCAGGCCAUCUGCGAGUUGUGGCGCCUACCUAGGAUGUGGUGGGGUUUGACAGUGGGCCCUGUUAAACCUCUAUAAAAAGCUGCAUGAAUCCGCAAGUAGGCUCCGCCAAAGCGACCGUGUGCCGCUCAAAGCGCACAAGCCCAAGUCCUGGUGUUAGGUGGGACGCUAAACAGCCCUGACACGACGGCCCUCCGACGAGACAGGAGGUUUGCGCAGGCCUAAUAAGCCGCCUUUAAAAACAACCAUUACGAACAACAUAG